UACCCGUUCCCGAGCUUCUUUGUUAACAUCAUAGGAAAGCUUCACAGUCCUCAUUUGCACGAUGCGUGCAUUAGCGUCACAGCUUACCACUUAUUUUUGCGGAAGAAAACCAGUGAGUGCACAAUCUCGAAAUUUCUGUUCAUCAUACCAUGGAAGAGAUGAGCGAUCCCUAGAACAGGAGGCUGAAAGAAAAAUAGGAUGGGUGUUGAAAUUGAUCUUUGCUGGGACGGCAACAGUUGUUGGUUACCAGUUCUUUCCAUACUUGGGAGAUAAUUUGAUGCAGCAGUCUGUGUCACUUCUGCAUGUCAAGGAUCCUUUGUUUAAAAGAAUGGGAGCUUCCAGAUUAGCCCGUUUCGCAAUAGAUGAUGAAAGAAGGAUGAAAAUAGUGGAGAUGGGUGGGGCUCAAGGGCUUCUGAAUAUGUUGGGGGCUGCUAAAGAUGAUCGUACAAGGAAGGAAGCUUUGAAGGCUCUUCUUGCUCUCUCACGUUCAGAUGAAGCUGUUGGAGCUCUGCAUGAUGCUGGAGCAAUCUCACUCAUCACAUCCACCCCAGAUUCAGCAGAGGAUGUUGAAGUCGAAAGAUUCAAAUCGAAUCUGCUGAAGAGAUUCCAGGAUCUGAGAUAUGAGGCUAGCUCCUGAUCAGUUUUAUUUUGGCCCCUCAUCUUUCAAUCGUAUCAAAUUGGUUCUCAAAUAUGACAUUUUAAAUGAUAUUCCUACCCAAAAGGGCCAAAACGCUGCCCAAGUUAGCAGCGACAACUUCAAUGGAAUUUCAUCGGGAAAAAAAAAAAGAAUAUGACCUAUUUUUCUUUAUUUUGACAAUUUUUUGCACACAGCUACAACAAUUGUGGCACUAAUCACAUCAGGGUAUGUCCGACUAAAGAUGUUAUCCAACCAAUAGUGAAAUCCUGCAAAUAAACUUGGGAAAUUUGGAGGUUGGUCUCUGUUGUGUGU